AUGUUCAAGAUGAGGGCUAACGCCACGGCAUACUCCGGCUUCAUCACCGUCAACAAGGAACACCAGGCGAAUGUGUACUUCAUUUAUAUGCAAGCUCAGAUUAAUCCCGAACGAGCGCCGCUCAUGAUAUACCUACAAGGAGGUCCCGGCAAGUCGGGCACGUUCGGACAGUUCCUGGAGGUUGGGCCUCUGGGCGUCAACUCGGACGGGAUCCUCUACCGGAGGCCGCACACCGUCCAGAAGAUGUUCAACGUCAUCUUCCUCGACCAGCCGGCCGGGUCGGGCUUCAGCUUUACCAAGUCGCCGUUGGGCUACGCGCGCAGCAUCGACGACUGCGUGGCGGGCGUACGAGAGUUCCUCAGGCAGUUUCUGCUGUUGUACCCGGAGAACAGGAACCGUGAACUGUACGUCGCCGGCGAGAGUUAUGGAAGUCGUGGAGCCGUAGCCCUGGCUCAUAGCCUCAUGACGAAUCCGGAUCCCGGCCUACCGCUCAAGGUGUCCGGCGUGAUUGCUGGGUCUCCAGUCUUCGGCUGCGUCCUAGACCUCAUGGACUCCGCCGACACGCUGUACCACUUCGGCAUGUUCGACGCCAAUGGGCGCGAUAUGUUCGCACAGGCGAUGCACCGCAUCCGCCAGCUGUGGACCACCAACCGCGCCGUGGCGCUGGACCUGCUUAGCCACACCAUCUUCGGGCUACACCAUUCAGCCAGCCUCUUCGCUAACCUGACCGGUUACAGUGACCACGCGAGCCUGUUUAGCGACGAGAGGCCCCAGGAGUUCAUUCACUACUAUCGGUACAUGCAGAAGCCGCUGUUCAAGAAAUCUCUGCACCUUAAUUCCCAGGCCACAGUGGACAGUAACCGGCUGCUGGUCAUGCUGUACCUUGCCGAUGACUACAUCGUCGACCUCCGAGAAAAAGUCGAAUACCUACUCGACGCUACGAAAAUGCUGGUCUUCUCUGGGCAACUAGACACAGUGUUCCCCGCGAUCAAGCAAGAGAAACACUUGCUGUCGCUCAAUUGGACUGGAACAGUGGCAAUGAGAAAGGCAGCCAGGAGACCCUUGUAUGUAUCUGGACCCGGUUCGAGACUUGUAGGCUACGCCAAAACGACAAAGGACCUCACAUACGUGGUUAUGGCUCGCUCGGGGCACCACGUGCUGUUCGAUGCCUCCGAAGACGUGUGCAAUAUAAUCGAACGCUUUGUGACCGGCGUCGACGUUGUGAACUUUAGGAGAAAAGUGUUAGGCGUGAAUUAG